AUGGAGAAAGCAACUAUUAAAAGUAAAGAAGAUCUUCUGAGUAAUAACAGUAAGAAAAAGUACAUAAAGAAACCACUCACCCCAAUUCUUAAUGAUGAAGACUGCAACAAGUAUGAACGUCUCUCAAAAGAAUUGAUUAAAACCUAGAAGUAUUUGAAAUCACUUGCCUACAUUAAUGAAAUUAUAAAGUACAAGAAAUAAUCUAGCAUUGACUAAAAUGAAGAGUUUCUGAAUAUAUAUGUCUAUGAAAUGACUAAAACAUUUAAUUCAUAUGGAAUGUAGAUGCUUAACACUGAAAGCUACGUCGUGAGUUUGAAAAUUUUCAAGACUCUAUUGAGAAUUAUUGCAGAUAUGGAUAGUCUUAGAGUGAAGCUUCUAAAAGUCCUAACACUCAAUAAUCUCAGCUGCUGUUACAAAAAGCAUCAAACUGCUAAGGAGUAUGCAUUUAUAGCAGUAGGAAAGAUUGAACUGGAACUAGAAAAUUUAAGAAUGUAAUAGAAUCUUGCUGACCAAUAAGAACAAAUGAGAUACUAGAAUAUCUACAAUGAAAAAAUUUCUCUUCUUGCUAUUGCUAAUUACAACCUUGGCUGCCAAAAUGAAUUUCUAAAUGAAUAUUAGGAUGCUAUUAUCAGAUAUGAAAUCGCUUUAAGUUUAAUUUAAAAUUUACCCAAUACUGCUUCACUUGAAAAUGAUUUCAGGCUUAGUAUAAAAUCAAUAAAGGCGAGAUUUCAAGCUUAUAAGAUGAAGGGACCAAAUCGCACAUUCACAAAUUUGAAUAAGUACAGGUCUGAGUUAGAACAUCUUCAAAUAAAUAACAUAGUAAUUCCUGGGUCAAUGGUUUCAUCUUCAAAAUCAAACAGUAUUAAUAAGAACAACAGAAUAAAGAAGAUUAGACCAAUGAGUGCAUAAGUUAAAAAGAUUAGCUCGCAAUAAAAGCAAAAGCUAAAUUCGAAUGAAAAAGAGAAAAAUGAAACUUACUAACCAGAAAUUAUAUCUCAAUAAACAUAAAUGAACUCUAACAAUAUAGUAGUUUAGAGAAAGUAAAGACCAACAUCUUCAUAUGUGCAUCGAGAUAAGGCAGGGCUCAUCAGAACAAAUCAAGUGACCUAAUCACAUUCAAAUUUUAGGUCAACAAAUGUUGAUUAAUUGACUUAGAAUCAAGAGGAUUCAUUGGACAGAAAUUUCUAGGGCAGUUAACUCUAAUUUUCAGAUCAAAAGUUCAACCCUUCUACUUAGGCAUCUCAAAAAUUUUUGAAAAAUUCGCAGUUUUAAUUGAACAACAUGAAUAUAUUAGAAGACGAACUUGAUGAAGUAAAAGAAGACCCUGACUAAAAUAAUGAAGAUUAUUCUAUACAUCCCUUGAUGAUUCAAAGACGAUCUGUCAUCGAAAAUUAAGCCAAACUUUUCAGACCAAUCAGUGCAAAGACAAACGUCUCCAAUGGUCAGAAGUCCAAUAUUCCAAUGAGAAAUAAUAAUUUCGGAUAUCAAUCUCACACUUUAUAAUCAAAUAAUUAGAGGAGUAAUGAAAGCUAGGAGGGCAAAUCUUAAGUUGAGAGAUCACCAAUUAAGUUUAAUAAUACAAAUUAAAACAUCAGUUUAAAGUAAUUCAGAUUAAGAUAGUCAGAUAAAUUAUCAACUUCUCAUUUGAAUCUUAGCGGAAUUGAAAGCAGCCAUUAGCUUUAUGAGAUAAUUGAUAAGAGUCUCAACUAGAUAGAUCCUAAAGAUAUUGUUGAGAACACAAACACAUCUUCAUUAAGUCUACACAGAAUAAGACCACAUUUUAACUCUGAUCUUAAUGAUCUUUAUGCAAGGGAAAGCCUGAUUUAACAAGAGAUAUUUUACUACAAUAAUCAUGUCUUGCCAACAUUUGUGGGAACAUUAAAUCUUAAACACUAGAGUAGACCUGACAUACCGAAAGGUUCAAAUCCUUAUUCAAGUUCUUAUUUAUAAAAUCAAUAGUUUUCCCUUGAAAAUAGAAAUUAUCAGCUUAAAAAAAGUUCAAUUCAACAGCCAUAGAUACCAAUUUAGAUUGAUUACUAAUCUCAGAAUCAAUUAAAGUAACCUAGAAAAUUUACCUAAAAGAGUAUAAAGCAAGGCUAAGGGUCCAAACAACAAUUUAACAAGCCAAAGCCUUCAAGAAAUUUCAUUCAAAGUCAGACUAAAUCAAAUUAGAAAUCUAAAAGCAAAGAUACUCCCUAUUUUUCUGCAGGGGACCAUGAUAGAUACUAGGUUACUAUAUAAUCAUGCUAAGAUAGAACGAAAUAAAUCAUCAGAAAUAUUGACCUAAGUAAAUUGAAACUACAACAGUCAAGUUUCAACAACUAAAAUGAUUUGGAUAAAAAUGUUAUUGCUAGAUUUAAAGAGCAUCUAAAGUCUCCUACAGGAGAUAUGCAUUAGGAUUUCCUACAUCUUGGCAUUCCUCUAAGCUUUAGAGGAAAUUCCUAAGAAAUAAAUGAUCAUAAAAUUGACUUGAUAAGCGCAAUUGGUUCUCAUUUAAGCAAAUCCUUUGCAUAAUUACAGUAAAACCAUGUCUAGUCCCAGAGAAGCAAUAUUUCUCUCAAUAGAUCUCUAAAAGAAUUAAACAACAGUAUUAAAUCCUUUCCGAACCUGCCUGAUGAAUCUCAAAUUAGUGUGAUAAAGCCUAAUUAUUAAGAUAAUACUGUGGAUUAAAACAAGUCAAAAGUGGCUCUAAUGUCUAAAAUCGAGAAAAUUAUUAAGAUUUAAACUAUUAUGCGAAUAUUUUUAGCAAAAAAAAUACUUAAGUAUAAAAAGGAGAAGGCUAAAAAAGAUGAUCUAAUUGAAACAUAUAGAAAGAAAUUUUACCUUGAUGUCGAAAAUAUUAAGUUCUGCUAGAUUUCCUUAUAUGAACACAAAGCGGCUAGAAAGCAUAUCAUUAAAGGAAAAUUCAUAGACAAAGAUCAGUCUAAGAGGAUUAUAGAUCUGGAUAUCAACGUUAGCAUCGACCGAAUUUUUGAUCUUCAAGAAUUUAAGAAAUUCAUAAAAAAUGAGAUUAUAUUAAAAAAAUUUAGAGGCAAAUUGUCAUAAGGCCUACAAAACUAGAACGACUUAUAGACAGUAACAUUAUUUGAAUUCAACAUUCCUUUAAUCGAUAAAUUCCUCAGUAAGCAAGACUAACUUAAAAUUGCCUCAGAUAGAUUACAUAAAUCGCUUCAUGGGAAGUUUGAACUAUAAAAAAGCAAUUAAGUCAACUCUUCCAACUACAGAAUAGCCAAUAGUUAGCUUGGGAUAUUUGAUCAUUCCAAACUAACAAAUACAAAAGGUUCACCAGCAAGUAGCACUCAAGGAAACAAUAAUUUAGGAGUACCAUUAGGUGCAAAUAAAAUAUAAAUAGACUACAGUAUUGGUGAUAUUAGAAACGCCAAGCAGAGUUUUUAAAACAUUGAUGAUUAGUACUCAUUUAGAGGAAAUGGGGAAAAUUUAGGUGAUAUUUCAUACCAGAACCUGCAUAAUCAUUCAACCUUAAUUGAUAAUCAAAGAGACUUAGUGGGUGAAAAUUUGAUGACUUAUACUUAAAGUUCUAGAAGUUUCGCAUAAGAUUCAAGAAGAAACAGAAUAAAAAUGAUUAAGAGAAGGUCAAAAUAUUCCUAUGUAAUAGAUGGUGAAAUAAUCAAAAGAAAUGGAGCCAAAAAGGAAUCUGUAUGGGAUAAAUUUAGAAAGGAGUAGGAGGACUACAUGAAUAUAGAUGAUAAUAUAGAAUUCGUUUUGGAGGAUGCAGAUUAUUAAGCAAGAGUAAUUCAAAAAUGGUUCAGAAGGAUCAUGUUCAAGAGAAGAAUUAUUUAGAAAAUUGCUAAUAGAGGAAAUCUAGGCAUCCAAAUAGAAAGAAGAAAAAAGAAAAACUAUGGAAAAAGAUCAUCAAUAUUAGAAGAGAUUGAUGAAUUACACAGCAGUCAUAAGUAUUAUCAAAGCAGAAAUUCUAUGAUAUUGUCGUUAAAGCCAAGUCCUAUUUAUGAGAAAAUUGUUGAUAUCGAAGACCAAAAUCAGCCUACCUUAAUAAUUGCUUAAUACGAUGUCAAAGUUUAUUAAAAAGAUUCAAAUACAGUAGAAUUAGUUUAUAGAAAUUAGAGCUCUCCAAAUGAAUCGUAGCAGAAUUAUGAUUUUAAGAUUCCUCAAGAUGAUAUAGAGGCAUUUGAAAAUGACAAAGCAGCAUAUUUAUAUUAAGUAGUUUCAGAUUGUAUGCAAUACAAUUAUGAUCUUAAAAUUUUCAAAUUGGAUGAAGAAUCAGUCAAGAAAAUAGACAAAAAUUUAAAUUAGAAACUAUCACAUCUUUAAGGUAAGAUAAGGGGUAAGAUGCAAAGAAAUAGAAUGGAUAAAAUUAAGAAGAAUCCAUUUGAGUAAGAGUAAAAGAAAGCAUAGCAAAAGCAAAAGUAAAAUAAUAAGGUUAAUCUGAUUAAUAAUUUAAAUAAGGAUCAAGCUGAGACAUAAGUAUCUACUAGCAAGUUUCAAAUUGAUGAUGAUUUAGUAAUAAAUGGGAUUGAAAAACUGCAAGAUCUCAAUUCAAAUGACUUUAAACAAAGAGCUAUUGACAAUGAUAAUUUCUAAAAGUUUAUUAAGUUCAACGUUUUAGAUCAUAAUUAGAGCAAGAUAUUAAUAGAAGCAUCUCUAAACUUUCAAAAAAUGCUACUAAUCUUAUAGGCUCAAAAUUAUAAUACUCUUAGUGUUUAUGUAACGGAUUUUAUCACUAAAUACUACAAAGGAUCUCAUGAUGAGCUUAAUUCCAAGGAUAAAAUUUAAUAGUUUAUUAUGAGUAAAUUACCCUAAGUUACUUAACUUGACUAAAACAAGAAAAUAAUCUUGAAAAAAAAUGAUAACAGCUCAUUGCCACAGUAAUCAUUAUAAGUACCUUCGAACGACUUAUUUCAAAGUGUAGAGGUCAUUACUUCCAGCGACUUUAAUGAUAGAUCGCUUAAUUAAGAUGAACUUAAAGAUCUGCUAAAGUCUACUGUCAAUCAAGGAGAAAAUUCUAUACAUUAUAAAUUCUAAGGAUCACCAACUAAAACUCUUAAUAAAAAGAAUAUAUUGUUCAAUUUUAACUUUCCUGGAAUCAAAUUCGAACAUCAUCCCGAUACUAAUAUGAAUGCUCUCCUUUUCAAAGAUAUAAUGGAUAAUGUUUUCUUGAGAAUUACCUAUGACAAAUUGCCUAAAUAUGCUUUUGUUGAGAGAAUCAACAAGGAAAGGGUGUAAAAAUUAAGUGGGACUAAAGUUGUCAAUUUAUAAUAACUGUCUGAUUCUUUGCUAUAAGAGUUAAAUAUCAGAAUAGGUCUUGUUAAUGGAGGGUUAGAGUAAAAUGAAUUCAUGGAUUUAAAGUAAAUAGAAAAUAUGAUUAAGCUCUAUGGAUUCGAUACCUCAGAAAAAGAUCUUGAUAAAAUAUAAAGCAUGCAGUGUAUAAUUAAGAAGACUAGACUAAUUUAAAAUGCAUUUAGGAAAAAAAAUAAAAGGAAAAAUCAGAUUUAGCAAUAGCCUGAUCAAAAAGAUAUAACAGGCAGACAGUUGUAAGGUACUACACAAUUGGAUCUAAAACCCUAAAUCAAAUAGGACUCUAAACAAAAACUCACCCUGUCUUAGAGAUAAAAUAGGUAUAGCAAUGCUUAAGUUAGCAAUAUGCAAUAAGAUAAUAAUUAAAUAGUUAAUCUUCCAACUAAAACUGUGAAUCUAAAUGACUUAAAGAAAAAAAUUGGGUAAUUUACAAUUAUCAAGAGUAAGACUAAUAUCUCUGGCUAGUAUUGCACCGCUGAACUCAAAGCUAACUACGAUAAUGAUACCUUGAUUCUAAGAGUUACACCCCAAUCUAAGCCAUCAUUAGAAUUGCUUUUACCUAAUAUGAACCUUUAGGCAAAAGAUUUAGAAAAGCUUACCUCAGAGGGAUAGGGCAUACUAGAUAAGAUUGAAAUAUCUGAAGAUUAGAAAUCUCUAGAAAUUCGAAAUGGCAAGAACGACUAUAGUAUACUCUCUCAAGACGUGAUAUACAAAUAGGGUCAUGUCAUUUAGGGUAGAUUUAUGCUGCUGACUGUAGCAAUGGAGAAUAAACACUUAAUAAUAGAUGCCUAUGAAGAAAAAACUGAAAAAAGAUUGGAGAUCAAAAUUAAGAGAUAGAAAAGAUAAAGCAACUCAGAUACUAUAAAUAUCCCUAGUGAGAAAGAAAUAAAGAAACUCAUAUCACGUCUGGAUAUAUGCAAGAUUAGCUUGGAUGAGAAUGAUGAUCUAGAAACUCUCACGCUGAAAUCUAAUCUCAGUUGA